AGCCAAUUCUCAAUUUCCCAAACGCCCUGGAAAAGGAAACUGGAGAAUUAGAAACUAUCAGGGGAAGGAAGCACUCGCAGAGCCCCUUCAUUGUCUGACCAGAGGACCAGACCACAGACCACAGCUGCUCUGUGUCGGCACCAUGAACCGCACCUCCCAUCACUUCUUCCCUGGAGCCCACACCAGUGUUCCCCCAACUUAUGAGAUGCUCAAGGAGGAGCACGAGGUGGCCGUGCUGGGGGCACCCCAGGGCUCGGGACCCGUGAUGUCCACCGUGGUUAACAUCCGCAGCGAGACCGUCGUGCCCGACCACAUCGUCUGGUCCCUGUUCAACACCCUCUUCUUUAACCCCUGCUGCCUGGGCUUUGUGGCAUUUGCCUACUCCGUGAAGUCUAGGGACCGGAAGAUGGUGGGAGAUGUGAUUGGGGCCCAGAGCUACGCGUCCACCGCCAAGUGCCUCAACAUCUGGGCGUUGGUCUUGGGCCUCCUUGUCAUAUCCGCCGUCACCAUUGCGGUCAUCGUUAUCUAUGCCACUGCACUGGCUCAGAUAUGAUUUUUGAAGAACUAUUAGAUGCCAUAAAAAGUUAUGGAGCAGCUGCCCAUAGCCUGAGGCUGUUUUGCUUUUCACCGCUUUUUAUACACAUGUGAAUUCAAUAAAGGACUUGUAUGUGA